CGGACAUCAGUUGCGUUCGCAGCCUGACCCCGUCACCCACCACCAAGUCUUUUGCCAGAUUGGCGAGCAACGAGCGCAGGUUGUUGGCUGUUAGGCAGCCUCCGCGCCCCGCCGUGUGCCAGCUUGCUGCUGAUGCACUUCUACCUUACGCCCUCAUCUCUGCCUUUAUAGCCGCAGUCGUCCUCCGCUGCCGCCCAUGUCCGACUCCCCAGCGCCCUCAUCCAGCGCCCGCAGACAGCCCCCGAGCCCUCUGAUCUUCUCCCCCGAGACCGUCCUCUCGCCCCAGGUCUCCACCGUGGCCUCCAACAAUGCAGCUUCCAGCUCAAACACCGUAUCUAUGCCCUUCGUCAGGCGACAUGUCACCCGCCGUCUCAAGGCGGCCAAGGCAGAUUGCGACAAGGAGCUCCAGCGGGUCACCAACAGCAUCACUGCGUUUUUCGAGGAACGACUACGGGAGGGCGACUACGACACGGAACGUGACGUCCGCGAUCGCGAGCUCGUGCGCGAGCUCGGCCGCGAACUCGGUCAGGAAUUCGGUGGCCGGGAGCGCGGUCGCGACAGGGAGGACUCGCGCGGCAGCGGACAGGACAGCGGGGGGCCUACCACCCUCCGUGAUCCGUUCGUGCUCCAGGAACGACACAGCGUCGUGGACGAGUCCAGUUCGGACGGCGGCUACGAGGCAGAGGCAGAGUUCAUGCCUCACAGCCGACAACCGUCCUCAUCUACCUCAAUGAGCCCCUCCUCUCUUCGCAGACAGCAGAGCAACAAAUGGGACCGACGAACAUCCAUAAGCCCUUCCGCCUCCACCAUCACUCUCCCCGAUGCGCCUAUGACCCGCAAAGCUCAAGGUGCUGGUACGGCCGCCGUCGGAGCUCCGUCCGGCUGGGGCACCGGCGCGUCCUCUCGCCGACUUUCGCGUUCAAUCCACAUCGCUACUCGCCCGUCCCAAUCAGAGCAAAGCUCCCGCUCAACUUCCCGUUCACGAUCGCCUCUGCCGCCGCUAUCCAGCCAUGCCAGUUUUUCCGAUUUCGGCGCAUCGAACAACCGCCGCUCGUCGCGCAUCCUUCUUGAUGACCCCAUCGAUCCAAUCAUGACCGCGCUGUAUGAUCUCAUCGGCGUUGCGACCGAGAUUAUCGACAUGUCUGUCGCGCAGCUCACGGCCCAGCCGAAGGUCUGCGAGUCGCUCGUCCAACGCGUACAGAAUAUCGGCAAGGCUUGGGACGAUCACCCCGACUGGCAUGGCCGUAAUUGGUACGUGCAGGUCCUCCUUGCCGUCGCCAGUCUCAGUCGUGUCGUCGAAUGGUGGGAGGCCGAGAAACAAUUCUGGAAUUUCGACGACAACGAGGACGAGCAGGACGAACCUCUCACCUUCGUCACCAAAUACGAUGAAUCCCAACACGUGCCCACCCCAACCGUCGUCAAGUCUCACGAGACGGAUCUGGAGGGCUUCAGUCUGGAUGAUGAGAACAAGCUGCGCCUACAUCGACCGCACAGCCAGAACCGACGCUCCCGCGAUGAGCAGCCCAAGGAGUUGGCUAUCUCGGCGGCUCCCUCGCAGCGGGAGAGCCCCGGGUUGGCACCACCAGGCGUUCCUCGAAUGGUGUCCACUAGCACGGCGUCCAAGAUCCUUGGCAACACCGAGUCCGCGCGCGUCCUGGCUACUGAGCGCCUUCGUCUACAAGCGGAGACUGCCCAGAAUCAGAACAUCGUUCUCGAGCUUAGCCUCGACGGCGAGCACUUCCUUUGGGUAAACUAUGCAUGGAGUGUGGUUGUGGGGACGGAUCCUGACGAACUAACGGGGGCGAGGAUAUCACCGCUAUUGGCUCCGCCCGACCGCGAGGUGUUUCGCAAGGCGUCCGCUCAGCUGCAGGAGGAUGAUUCGAAGACGGUCGAGAUACGCUUCAGGCUGCAGGUCGAGCCCAAGGACGACAUGGAGGGCGAUGGCGAGCUCUACCAGCUCAUGGAGGCGAAGGGUAUGCUCAUGAUUGACCGCGAGGAUGGUCGCCCAUCACAUACGAUGUGGGUCAUGCGCCCGAUUGCGCCCCCGCGAUAUGAUAACGACGCGCCCUUUGUGGCGCUCGAGGCUGGCGAUGCCGCCCCCGAGCCCGCCUCCUCUGUCGCGGCAACCUUCGCCGAGAUCGAACGCCCAGUUGCCGAGACCACCUUUCCCUUCACCCAACCCAUCUGCACCGACCCCAUCCUCUGUCGCAUAUGUGAGGCGCAGAUUCCGCAGUGGUACUUCGAGAAGCACAGCGAGACGUGCGCGGAGACGCACCGGCUGGAGGCGGAGAUCAGCGAGUGCAAUGAAUCCAUUGCGGAGUUGCGCAACACGAUCAAGGAGUUGUCCGCGAACAUGGAUCGCUCGUCGCCUGCGCCGACGCCGCCGGAGUACCGCGGUAUCCCGAUAUACACGCCGUCGUCGUCGCCCAUCAUGUCCUCGCCAUUGCAACUGUUCCGCAUGAACAAGAUGCAGCGCUUUGGAGUGAAGAAGAUGCAGAGGCGUCUCCUGGAUCAGCUCGACGACAUCCUCCAGACUGCGCUCGAGGUUUCGAUCCCUUCUCUGAAGGAGGACGAGGCUCGUGAGCCCAUCGAGCGGCAGAGGUUGCUAUCGCCCAGCUCAGAGCGCAAGAUCUCGCAGAUUCGUCACUGGGGCAAGCCGACGGUUGAGGACGCGGCUUUGAAUCAGCUUGUCGAGGAUGCCGAGCGUGUCAUGCGUCAGAAGAUGGACAACGUCGUGCGGAUGCAGAACACGAUCCGCUACGCUGAGAAGAUCUGGCACGAGUGGGAGGAGCGCGUCGGCCAUAUGUUGGAGACGGUUGACGAGGACAGCGGCAGUGACUCUGGCGAAAGCGACGAGGAAGAGCUGCCCGCUGGUCAGAUCGACGAGGACCAGUCAAGCACCCAGUCCGAGUACGGCUACGGCGCUCAGUCUGCGACGUCGACGCUCGUUGAACCUACGCCUCUCGCCUCAACGUCGCCGAGGGAUAUCGGCUCGCCGCAACGUACGCCUCCUGAACGUCCAGCUUCGUCGCUCGCGAUGCCGCCACCCGCUCACCCGAGGAGCAACCUUCAUACGCGCUCGUCGACGCCGUCGUCCAUCUCCUCGCCGCUGGCCCUUGCUGCACCCAUCAUGGCACCAUCGUCGCCAGAUCUCGCCGUACCUCCCAUCGACCUUGACGACGGUGUUGCGCCCAGCAAUCUCACCAUCCGUACGCGUCGCUCAACGACAAGCCUUCUCGAGCCCAAAGUCGUCGUCACGCCUCCUGCAUCUCCCCAAGUUGAGCCCCGGGAUGAGUCCGUCACUGUAUCGCGUUCGGGCACGAAGCAUGGUCACCGCCGUCACUCCACCGCUCACGCUCUCAACUGCGGCGGACCUCUGUCCCCGCGCCAGCCGUCCGCGCCGCCUCUCUCGCGUACGAACCCGACGUCUAUUAAGGACUUCGACAUCAUCAAGCCCAUCAGCAAGGGUGCCUUUGGCUCCGUCUUCCUCGCCAAGAAGAAGGUCACCGGCGACUACUUCGCGAUCAAGGUCCUGAAGAAGGCAGACAUGAUAGCGAAGAACCAGAUCACCAACGUCAAGGCGGAGCGGAUGAUUCUGAUGAAGCAGGCGGAGUCGCCAUUCGUGGCGAAGCUGUACUGGACGUUCCAGAGUCGCGACAACCUGUACCUGGUCAUGGAGUAUCUGAACGGCGGCGACUGCGCGGCUCUGAUCAAGUCCUUGGGCUGUCUGCCGGAGGAGUGGACGAAGAACUAUAUCGCAGAGGUCGUUUUGGGCCUAGAGUACUUGCAUCAGCGCGGUGUGGUACAUCGUGAUCUUAAGCCGGACAACCUGCUUAUCGACCAGCACGGGCAUCUCAAGCUUACCGACUUCGGUCUGAGUAGGAUCGGUUUGCUUGGCCGUCAGACACGCGAGGGCGCGCAGGGCCGUCCGAACACGCGCUACAGCUCUCGCUCGCGUCCACCCUCGAUCGAUUCUGCGUAUCUCUCGUCGCCUCUCAUAUAUGCGGAUGCGACGUCGGGAGGUUCGUACUUCGCGCAGCGUCCCCCGUCGGUACCUCGCAUUGGAAGCUCCCCUCAUCUGCCGAUUACAGACGAUAUCAGCGACAGCGGUAGCGACGUCAUUGGUAUACCUAGGCAGAGGUAUACCAAGCAGCAGGGGAACAACGAAAGCCCGCUGCAGUCGUUCGCGACCGAGCUUACGACAGACUUACGCUCUCACUCAUCGCAAUCGCACGGCGGCACCCCACCGGGCCCCGGUGAGCAGCGUUUCGUCGGCACGCCGGACUACUUGGCACCCGAGACUAUCCUUGGUCUUCGGGGUGAUGAUGCUGCUGUGGAUUGGUGGGCUCUUGGCGUCAUCACAUACGAGUUCUUGUAUGGCAUCCCACCCUUCCACGCCGACUCGCCUGAGAAGGUGUUCGAGAAUAUCCUUUCUGGACACGUCGAGUGGCACGAUGAUUGGGUCGACUUUUCACCGGAGGCGCGCGACUUCAUGGAGCGGCUCCUGGUCUUGAACCCCGCUGAGCGUCUGGGUGCGAACGGCGCGGACGAGGUGAAGAAUCAUCCGUGGUUCAACGGCAUCGAAUGGGACAAGGUCACAACCACCGAGGCUGCGUUCAUUCCUCAAGUGACUGACCCUGAAUCGACCGACUACUUCGACCCUCGCGGCGCUAUUCCUCAGCUCUUCCACGACGAUGAUCCUGUCGCUAUCGCCGGCAAUUCGGGCUCCGGCUCAGUCACUGACAGCCCGGCGCUCGAGCCCACAUCGAUGCCUUCGACCCAUGCUAUCAACAUCGCGCACAGGGAGGCCGCGUCUUCUCCUGGCAGUGACGACUUCGGGUCUUUCAGCUUCAAGAACCUACCGGUGUUGAAGCAAGCGAACGACGAUGUCAUCCGCAAGCUCAAGACCGACCAGAUGGCGCCUAUGCACCAUGCGCUAUCUGAGCCAGCCGCUGCCGUCCAUGGCCGUAAGCGCAGUCUGUCUUACCGCCUCAAGAAGCCGCCCAGUGUAGUCACCAACCCCGAUGCCAAGAUGCCAGGAGCCAACCCAGUCAUUCCGACGAAUCCUCCGUCACCUGCGACUUCAACGUCGUCUAUCGCGUCGUCCCCAUCCAGGGCGAGCGUACCCGCUGGUGUCACGUCGUCCGGGCAUGUGCGCAAGCCGUCUGACCUUGGGGCGGUGGAGCGGUUCAAGCUCAACCACCUUGAGGGCGAGCAUCGGCGGAACUCGAUGCCCAGCCGACUGCGUACUGCUUCCGUCUCCAGCGCUGGCGACAACUCUGGCUCCGAGACCUACACGUCGUCGGUGGGACAGAGCUCCGCUGCGAACGAGCUGACGAACACGCCCGCGUCGUCGGUGCAUUCGAUCGACUUGCGGAGGGCGCCGGAUCCAAACGACAGAGUCGUGACCUGCCUGCUGGCCGAGGACAACCCCAUCACAGCGAAGAUCAUCGAGACGCUGCUCAUCCGGCUCGGCUGUAGAUGCUUGGUCGUUGCGGACGGUUCUGAGGCGGUUGGUGUUGCCAUGGGCGAUAUCAAGUUCGACGUGAUCCUAAUGGAUCUGCAUAUGCCAGUUUUGGAUGGAGAGAGUGCGGCGAAGUACAUCAAGAGCACGAACGGCAAGAAUGCGAACACGCCCAUCAUUGCUGUGAGCGCGUACGCGCCGGAUGACACGUCUGCGAACGACACCUUUGCGGCGUUCCUGUCCAAGCCUUUACAAAAGGCUGACCUACUGUCGGCUAUGCGCCAUAUCGGCUUCAAAACGUCGACGUUACAGGGCGGCCCGAACGGUACCAAGGUAACGGCGGGCCGAACUUCCUCUUCAUGACCUUGGGCGUGCGUAUCCGCCCUGUUACGUCCUUCAUGUAUCCACUUGCUUCUGUUCUCCCUCAUGUAUUGAAUAUUCUUCAUGUUUUUGAGGCAGCAGCCCAUGCCUUCGGCCUUAUCACCGUCUUCACCGCUGCCUGACUCCUUCCCAUCCUUUUUCCGUCGCUCUGAUUCUACACACACAUCUGCAUGCAUCUUUUCCUCUUCCCCUUCUACGGUCACGGUUUACAUAACGUCUCUGGCAUCCACACUACUGCAUCUCUCGUUGUCAUACACUGCAUUGUAAGUUAGAUAAUGCUAUCCUCACUUGGUUGAAAA